AUUUAUCAUUUCGCACACGGACGGCAGCUUUAAAACUUGCACGUUCGCUCUCUCCAGGGACAAAUUGUGUAUUUGAAAGAUGCGAUAUCCAGAUCGAGCGUUCAUCAUUGCCAAAAAGGGUAGGUGUGAGUAGCCUGCGCUUCUCUUUGAUGAAAAUAGCACAUCACGAGAGCUAGCAUGAGGCCUACUGACUGGAUGGUGUGGAAUCUGAUUAUGUAAUACUCUCUGAGAAGGAUGGUCAUUAAAAACGUCCCGCGUUUGCUUCAUUUAUAGUCAUCCGACACUGUGUAUAAGAUGACGUUCUGAAAAUAUAUCUGAACAUUUUUAAAGGCCUCACGGAGUAUUUUGUGCUGGUGAUUUACUGUAUAUCUACUGUCUGACCAAUAAUUAUUACAGACUCUUAAACAAAUGACCCAGACUAGAGAACUGGUGAUCCGUCUCUUCAUUUCCAAGUGAGACAUUUCGAGUGUCUAUACCCCACCUACGUGUUAGGAGUCAGCUUUCUCAUGCGCGAGUCCGUUGACUGGAACGGUGGCACGGCUAACGCGAUUUGAAAAUUAGCAUGAAGCCCUUAGGAGAAGGUCAGAUGCCGGAGCUGUCACGUUGCAAACGCAAACAUUUUUAAAAAAAUAGAAUAAAUAAAUGUACAUUUGACGUAAUCUCUGGUUAAGAUGGACGGGUGUCCAUGUAGAUGUAGACGGACCACACGAGAAGAGUAUUGUUUAUUUUUAGCCACAGACGAGUCUGAGCUGGGAUUAGUUUGAUCCGGGGCCAAGUGGAGUGUCAGUGUGGCUCGCACCACCAAGGCCGUGGAUCUCACUUUCACCCUGGUGCAACUCUUGAUUCCUGUAAACGUGAUGAUGGAGGGCUUGCGUAAGGAUCACUCGAGCUGAAGGACUCCAUUCAUACAAUUGGUGGACAGGGCAAGACUGUUUAUAGCUCCGAGAGCUUUAAAAAUAUACAUAUACUGUAUAUAUUUUCAAUAGACACAUGAAUUAAAAAUAAAUAUGAAACAUUAUUACAUUUGACAGUAUUUAUUCCUUCAUAUAUAUUUUUAAUACAUAUUUACAAAGGCGUCCACCCGGGAUAGGCUUCAGGCUCCCCGCGACCCUGUGUAGUAUAUCUGGUACGGAAAACUGAUGAGAUGGAUGGAUGGAUAGUAGAGUUUAGAGUCUACGGCCAUUCUCUACAGUACAACCCUUCUGUUUUUCUACUUCAGACAAACCCAUACUUGCUGCUCCGAUGUUCGUCUUUCAGAGGAUGACAGCUGCAAUGAAGGUAAAGCCCUGAAAGAGGACAGCAGAGGAAGACGGGACUGGAGCGUGUAUGAACAAGCGCAUCAGAUUGCUCACCUAUCCUUCGUUGGAGAGUCAGAACAAAAAGGGCCCCUGUGGCGUCAGCAAACGAGUGCGGUCGAGUUCUCUGUCCGUUCCAGCGCCUUUACAGGUCCCAAGAUCAAGUGUGUUCAUACCAUCAACCUUGCACAACCAGAACCAAGUCUCAUCCUCCACAUCAUCUCCACGGGGCAAAGUCAAGAAUACACCGUUAAGGCCGGCUUCGCUGGUAGCACCUGAACCGUGGAGCGGUCAUGAUGUGCCUCGUAUUAGACAGGUCGGCCUUAACGCAGAGGGAAACCUCUCCAGGGUUACAAUUCAGCUCCCGUCUUCUGACAACGCCUUAGACCAGCGGAUCUCACCACAAAUGAGCAGAAAUCUCUCACAGACAAACAAUGCCGUCACUGGAAGUGUCCAGUUUGUGUUUGGGGAGAAUAUGAGUGAGAGGGUACUGAGUCCACCUUGCAGUGAGGACAAGUCUGAAACGGACUGCAGCUCGUCCGACUCGGAUUCCUCCUGCACUGAAGACACGAACACAAUGACGGCACAAAACACACUAUGGGAAUCCGCCGCAGCCCACACGGCCGCCUGCAGAAGACGCUGUCUGCUCAAACAAGUGCAGAUCUUCACCGGAGAGGAGAAUGAGAGCAACGUCGUCCAGCUGACGUGCAAGCUGUUCGUUUUGGAGAGGGGAACCCACUCGUGGAGCGAGAGAGGGGGAGGGGUCUUACGACUGAACGACUUGCAAACUAAAUAUAAGGGAUGUUUGCAGUCAAGGAUGGUGAUGAGGCACCAGGGCAGUUUGAAACUGAUCCUGAACACGAAGUUGUACCCGCACACACACCUGCGGCGCCCGGCGCGGAGGAACCUACAGGUGACAGCCACUGACUUGGAGACCCACAGCGUACGUGUGUUCCUGGUCCAGGCCAGUGCCCGAGAUAUUGCCCGCCUCUAUAUGGCUAUUCACCACAGACUGGUGGCCCUACGCUGCAGUACUGCCAUCUUCAGGGACCGAGAGGGACACUUCAGCAGCGAGGAGGACAAUAACAAUGAGGAGGAGAAGACUAAUGAGGAGGCGGUCUUAAUCACCCACACCAGAUCUGGGAAUUGGAGGAACAGUCAUCCCAGACUCCAUCGGUGAACAUCCCACUCAACCUUAUGGCCAACAAAUAGUCCCAGCUUGCUUCUGGUGUCAGCCAUUUUGUGACUAUUAAGAUCUCUAAUGGAGGCUUUUUUUUUGUAGCUGCUUGCAAAUAUUUUUGAAUAUUAUCAACAAAAUAAACAAAAAACCACAGCCUUUUAACAAGAACAGUUUUCUCAGGUUGGAGACAAUGAUGAAUCCAUCAUCUGUAUAAUAUAAAUAUUUUUAAAUGUUUGGUUUUUUUUU